UUUUUCUUUUUUUCUUUUUUCCCCGCAGCGCUCAUCAGCUCCGAUCAAGAUCUUUGCCAAUCGAAGUGUGUGUGCGUGCGUGUGAUCAUCAAGUAACAAUGGAUCCGCUGUUGGUUGGACCGGCGCUGGUUGACUUUCUCGCGUCCACGGCGCCUGCGUUGCUGCAAGUCCAUGCCGAGGUGCCGCGGCGACCAGAGCACGACGUCCGCCUCGAUGCUCUCACUCAACAACAACAGCAACAACAACAGCAACAGCAGCAACAACAACAGCAGCAGACGCGGCCGAGCGCACGACAGCUGGAGCGAGCAGCAGCGCGGCCAAAGCUCAAGACGGCGCUGCCAACCGCAGUCCAGAGCUACACCGAGUGCAUUGCUGCGAUUCGCCGGCAGCAGCAGCAGCACAGACGCGUUGACAAGCACGCCCAGCGACCGCCAUCAGCCGCAGGAGGUGCAACGCGAGGAGGAGGAGCAGCAGCAACGCAAAGUGCACUGCCCUCGGUUUCAGCAGCGCGUUCUUCCACAGCCACCGGUGCUGGUGCUGCUGGUGCUGCGGCUGCUCGUGCUGCUGCUGCUGCUGCCUCGUCAGACAUGGCCACGGAUGGUGCAGCCACGACGGCAAACACCCCCGCACACGCAUUGCUGCGGACGCUGCUGGCUGCGCAUCGCCGAAUGCAGCAGCAGGAAACCGAUGACGCCCGUCAAACGGGUGCCUCCGCUGCCUCGUCCUCAACCCCAACGCCCAUGGCUGCAACUGCUGCAACAACUGCUGCUACGGAUGCAGGCACCCGAGCUGGAGGCCGAGCGGGCGCUUCGAGUGCGCGUCAUGCCUCGAGGACGGCUGCGACAGCGACGACGACGAGGACGACGGCUUCUACCGCUGCGAAUGUGGAUGACGACGAUCGUCAGGAUGGCUCCAACGAUGAGCAAGCCAUGGUCGCAAUGCAUGUUUCAGGUCAUCACGAUGACAAUGAUGAUGAUGAAGAGGACGACGACGACGAUGACGACGACGAGGACUUGUACUACGACUCGGAGGAUUUGCCGACGCACUUGGGGCAUGGCGCCUCCCUUGUUGCGGGUGAUGAUCGUGACGAUGACGAUGAUGAUGAUGAUGAUGAUGAUGACGAGAACGACGAGGAGGAGGACAAUGGCGAUUACCCCUGGCUCAACGAAGACGACGACGAUGACGAUGACGCCUUUGACGAAGAAGACAACGACGAAGACAACGACGAAGACAACGACGAGAACGAGAACGAGCACGGGCUGGAGGCGUUUGAUGCCAACGCCGAUGAAACCCUCAACGACGACAAUGACAUGGACGCCGACAUUGACGACGACAACGACGAAGACAACGUCCUGCUCGCCCAACUCGCUCAGCAACUCGCUCAAAUGGCACCAGCCGAGCUACCCGACUACCGCGAGUGGUCUGUGGCGGAAAUCAUGUCCUUCAUGCACCAAACCCGACUUCGGCGUCGGCUGCGCUUGCGUCGGCUGCGCCGCCGUCGCGCGCUGGCUCGCCGACAGCAGGAACAAACUCUCCGCCAGACCGGCCUGGAGGACUACAACCAAGUCAACCACACAGAGCAACUGGAUGCUGCCAUUAUUGCCACCGCUGUCGCGGCGGGCAGCAUCAGUCCGCAGACGGGCAGCAUUAUGGUGAAGGCCAUGCCCGUCACUCUCUGCACGCCUGCCCUCGCCAAGUGCUUUGGGACGGUCUGGGAAGGGUUGAUGCAGAUUGUCCUCGGCCCAGAUAGCGGACAAGUUUUGGAGCAAAUCGGCAAGUCCAACCCCAAGCCCACGUCCUGUGGCCAUGUGUUUGUCAAGGGCGAGACCACGUAUCACUGCCGCGACUGCGGGAACGAUGCGACGUGCGUGCUUUGCACAGACUGCUUCCGAAAUGGCCCGCAUGUCAACCACAACUAUCGCAUGUCAUCGUCGCAUGGCGGCGGUUGCUGUGAUUGCGGCGAGAUCGAGGCGUGGAAGUGCCUUCCGAGCUGCGCGACCCAUUUGAAGGCGCAGGAAGAAGCGAGCAAGCUUGCCAGCCCCAUUUCUUCCAUUCCAGCACAAGUCGCUGCAACAGCCUCGUCCGCCUUCCCGGCGCUGCUUCGCUUCAUUCUGGACGUUCUUUUGCUGUCGCAUUCGGGCGGCGUGGAGAGUGACUCGCGUCUCCCUCUGGACCGCGUCCGUAGCGCAGUCUCUCUCGCCCAAAGCGAGGUUGCGCUCAAAGCCGCUUGUUUUGUUCGAGACUCUGCGGAAGCUCCAUCUUGGGCGAACGUGGACGAGUUUGACAAUCCCGAGCUGUUUGUUGUCGUGCUGUACAAUGACGAAAAGCACUCAUUCGACCAAGUCAUCAACCAGCUGAAGCGCGGCGUGGGCAUGUCGCCUUCCGACGCCAAGCAUACCGCGAUGGUUGUUCAUGCUGAGGGUCGCGCUAUCGUGUGCUCUGGUACCGAGGAUGAAUGUAUGGAGGCUCGUCGCCGUCUUCAGCGAACUGAUUCAUCCAACACGGAGCCACUCUACGUUGGAGUGCAUCCUGCCAUUCUGAUUCAUUUGCAGUACCUGGCACUUGUCGCGCUACGCUUCUUGAUUGAGCUUAGUUCGAGCCACGCCGGCUUCCAGCACCUCAUUUGCGCCGCCCUGGUCAACCCCAUGGAUUACCAUGACGUACUGGAUAAAGACGAGAUUGGCGAAGGCUCGCCGGUAGACCUCAUUUUCCGCGCAGACACUCGGCUGUGGAAGCACGUGCGCACGGCACUGCACGAUCUCCUGAUGGCGACAAUGCUUCGGGACCAGGUGUUCAAGGGCCAGUUUGGCGUCAUCAUGUGCCGGAACUACGCCUAUUGCCAGUGGCAGUUCUUGGAGGACUCGCACGCGCUGUCCGACUCCAUCAUGUCUGUUUCGGUGCAGAUCUUCACCGUCCCAUCCAUUGUGUGCAUGCUGGUGGAGCAGCACAAUCUCUUGGGCAAUCUGCUCACCGUCCUCAACGCAACCUUCCGGACGGCGCUCGUGCCCAACACGAUGAUUGAUCGAGGUUUGAACGAUCAGCUCGUGGGUGGGCUCACGAUGGAUUGUCUGAGCAACUUGAUUCGCUCGCGUCGAUACUUUCACAUUCUGCUCGACCUCCGCUAUGUUGCGCGGCACCUGUUUCCCGUCCCGGAUGUUCGCGCUGAUUUGGGCAGCUUUUUGCAGUUCCUGGGCAUGAUGCACGAGAUGGAUUCGAUUGCUCGCGAACGGGUGGAACACGUCCUUCACGAAACAGACUCUUGGACGCAUGCGCUCACGCUGUACCUGUACAUCAUGUCGAUCAUUCCGUCGCUGUCGACCAUCUUUUCGCCGACGCCGGGCGAUUUCCAGAUUUGCUGCGACGCGACCGUCGAUGCCAUCUUGCAGAGCGGAGAACGGCGACUGCUUGCACUGCAUCCCGUGGUCUUCUCGACCAGCCUGGGCACGACCGCCGCGCUCGAUUACGAUGUUUCGCUGCGACCGGUUUCGCUGCACAUUCCGCUGCACCGUUUCCUCGCCGGACUGAUUGCAGAGGCUGCAGCCAAGCACAUCAACCUUGCCACAGUCAUGUCGCGCGCAAACCGUGGAUUUUUGCUCCAUGUGAUGGAGCAUCCUUUGCGGCUCAUGAUUCUGCUGGCUCAGUCGCGCCCCAAUCUCUGGGUUCGCAACGGUGCCUCUUUAAUCAAUCAGCUCUACAACUACUCGGGCAUGAUGUUCCGCGAACACACGCUUGAACGCGAUUUGAUGCUCAUUCAGGCCGUCGCGGCUCAGACGCUUGCUGGUGACGACGACUCCAAUGUCAGAGCGAUGCAGACCGAGACAAGUCAGCCUGCCAGCUCCACCGUUGACAGCCGUGCCACGAGCUUUUUGCUGAUGCUGAUGCGUCGCUUUGCCGUGGACAAUUGGUUUGAGGCCGAUCCCACCGCCGUCCCACCGCCAGCUGUCUCGGCCGCCGUGGAAGCCCAGGCUCACUCUGAUCGACGCGUGCAAACCGUGCUUGUGGAAGAGUUCCUUCACUUUGUGAUUGCCCUCUUGACGGAGCGUUGGAAGCUCGGCGUCGGCCAAGUCACCAUCACGGACGUGAUUCAGCGCCACAUUGUGCACCGACUCUACUUGUCAUCGGCCCCGCACAGCGAGUUGGCCUCCUCCAUCUCAAAGUACAUUGUCGAGCAUGCAGAGUUUGACUCUGUUCUGCGGCAAGUGGCCACGUUUAAACAGCCCGAGCGCGUCGCCGACUCUGGCGUCUACGAGUUGCGGGAGCAGUACGCUGUUCAGUUCGACCCGUUUUUUUUCGCUUACGGCCGACGCGACGGAGAUCUGGCUGCAGACAAUCGCCGAAUGCGGCUCCGGCGCACCGCCGCUGCCCUCAGUCCCCCUGGAGGCGCUGUUGUGGCUCCCGAGGACGUUGCGUUCAUGGCUUCGCCCGCACCACCACCCUUCACCUCGACUUUUGCGGCGCUCAACAACCUGCCGCUGUCGAAGGCCUACUAUCACAUGAUUGUACGGCCUCUGCGUCGCGCAAUGACCGGGAACAGUGAAAUGUUUUCGGACAUGGUCGUUCAACAAGCUCUCCGCUUGUUGGUGAUUGGCAUUCAACUGCAAGGAGAGGCUGCUGCUGCUGCUGCUGCACCUGCCGCGCCGACAACUCCGGUUCGUCCGACUGGCCCUCGAGGCCAGGCCGCGGCACGUGGCAGCGCUUCGUCUGCUUCCUCCACGGCGCUCCCUCCGGGCCAUGUCGCGACUGAGGUGCCUGUCACUGCAAAUGAAUUUGUUCGGGUCAUGUGCGCCUUGGAUUUGGAGCUCGGCUCUGGCUGGCAGGGUCUGUUCCCCACACUGCUCGCGCUGCGUCUCCAAGACCACCUCAAGGCUUUCAAAUCCUGCAUCACUUGGGUGUUGAAGAGCUUUUACUCGUGCCCCUCUGCUUCCGAGCGUGUCAAGUCCAUGCUGGCUCCCUUGUUUGCGGCUGCCAGCGGCACUGGAACCGGUGCGAGUGCCGGCAACAGCGAGGCGCCUGCCGACGCCGAUGCACAGACGGAGCGUGCCCGUAAAGCUGCCAUUGCCAAGCAAGCACGUGAAAAGGCGUUGGCCCAAGUAUCCUUGAUGCAACGCCAGUUCAAGGACAAGCACAUGGACCUGUACCACGAAGCGUCCGGAGAAUCAUCGCCUGCACUCAGUCGCAGCCCUUCAGUCUCCAACACGCCUGGCAUUCCCAACCGCUCAGGGGCGAGCUCCCCGGCGCUGAGCCUUUCGAUCGCGUCUGCCACCACUCAGCCGGGCUCGCCCUUUGGCACGGCGGCUGCUGCUGCUGUCGGCUCGGACGCUUCACCCAUGUCGACUGCGCUGGGCAACAGUCUCUCUUCUGACAUGCUGCACGUGAGCACGAGCCUGCGGUCGGUUGCGUCGGCUGCGGUCGAUGACAUGCCUCAGUUCCAGGACUUGGCCACCGCGCUGUGCAUUUUGUGCCAGGAGGAAUCUGUGAUUUCCAACGACAGCGCCAAUCCGAUGGGACUGGUGGCCUGCACGCAAACGUCCAGCGUGCUGGCCUCCUUGAAUGCCCGUGGUGACUGGACUGCCCAGUACCGACAAGCGCAUGAUGCGCAAUACCAGAACGAAAGCGCAGCCGUCCUUCGCCAGGCAAGCAAGCUGUAUGGCGCUGCCAUUCCCGCGCUUUCUCAACCCCAGCCAGCGAAUGGAGGGGCAUCGACCCCGACGGCGCGCAAUCUCUUCCGUAGCUUGUCGCAUGCAUCCAGUCCCAGCGUGAACGCCCCGGCUGUCGUCUAUCCUGGAACGCCCCCACCAGCUACUCCGCCCACUGCGCCCGUGCGCCCCAACAACAACAACGCGCCUCCGACCGGACUCACGAGUGCACCCUCAUGGGAGGACGGCUUGCACCACGAAUUUUACGAGCGGCUUCAGCUCUCUCGUGCAGGCAACCGUGCAAAGGCGCUCUCGGACACGCGAGACUUGGACCCGACCUCUCGCGAGGCAGUUGACUUGGGAGGUGCUGCUCGAACGCUCUUCCGACAGCUCGACGGCGACCGCGGCAUCCACGUAUCCAGCUGUGGACAUGCCAUGCACAUUGAGUGUUGGACGCGCUACACGGCCGGUCUUCGCUCCCAGCCCUACCACGCUCGCCGGCCUCAAAUUGAAAACCUCGAUCUCGAAGAGUAUCUCUGCCCCCUGUGCAAGACUCUUGGAAACACCCUGCUUCCACUGGUGUCUGUGGGCCAGCUCUGCGCGCCGCCCAUGCUGUGGUCACCCAACGCUGGCAGCCAAGCCGCGAGCGAUGACGGUUCGAGUGACUACCGCGGUGCGUUUGCAAGCCAAGGCUUUGCUGGCAGCGAGAUCGACAGUGAAGGCCACGUUGAUUCAAACGAUGCUCAUCAGGAGGGGGACGACACUCAGCCACUGCAGCAAUCCCGCAAAAUCCUGCCCGCAACUGGGCGUGCCUUGGGGCGCACGAGGGCAUCCACUUCGCUCUCGUUCGACUACGACCAUUCGUCGUCGUCCGAUGUGGAUGAGGACGGCGAGGAUGUUGUGCCAGGACGCGCCGCAAACCGACCGGAGGUUCGCCUCAGCAGCAGCCCAGGCAGUCUUGGCGCGGGCUCUGGGCCCCGCUUUUCAUCUCGAACCUCUGCUGUCGGCAGCGGCGGCAUGCUUGGCGAUGCAAUGACUGCCAGCGCUCACGCCAACGCGCAAGAUUCGCAAGUCGCACGGUCUGACGCCUUGUUCCUGCAAUGGCUCACUGCUGUUGCCGAGUCGGCUGUUGCCGCUCCGCUUGCUGGCCCGUCGUACAAAGAGAUUGAUGUGGCGCCGGUGAACAACCCGCCCACUAGCUUCCACGACAUGCUCGAUCUACUGAAUCCGGUUGAGCGAGCACCGUUUGCACCAAUGUCUGGUGCGCCUCCUCGGCUUGAGACCGUUGUGAGUGGUGGUGGUGCUGGUGGUGGUGGGGACAUGGGCGAUUUUGGCUCUGCUCCAGAGAACUACCCCCGCCCGCGCUCGUUUACCGAGUUCCUCUCGCGCAACAUUCGUUAUGGGCUCAUCCCAAUGUUGCAAAACAUGUCUCGGGGCGCGUUUGAAACUCUCAACCGUUCGCGUGGACGCCGGCAAGUCGAUGCCGUUCUGGGCGCCAACGCCGACGGUCGUGAGACGAGCAGCAACGAAGCCAAGGACUUUGGAGCGGCCCAAGAAACGCAGCGCCGCUUGGUCGAUCGGCUGCAAUACCAACAAAUGCAGAUCAACGACAUGUUGCGCCGAGCUCUGCUUGCCCUUCCGUGGCGUGUGUACUCGAUGGAUGCGCACCGAAGCGGCGACAUCCAUGCGGCGUCCAUUGCGCCCCCUUUGGCCGGAGCCUCAUCCACAGAUCUCAAAGUGAGCGCCACCACCUGGUCGAGUUGCGCAUACACGAUCGCCAGCGCCGAGGUGGCCGCGCGUCUCACGCCAAAUCCCCAGGGCAAGUUUGUGGUCGAGCUGAUCAGUGAGCGACAGCUCCACUUCCUUCGGUCGUUAACGGCUGCAGUCGUGGCACACAGCCAGCUGCGCACGGAACGCCCUGUUGCAUUGUCCCAGUUCUUUUUGCUCAGCCUGCUUGGCACUGCAGACAAUCCCCAGUCGCCUGCAGCGUUCGUCCUGUCAGCCUCUGCUUCCGGCUCUUCGCCCUUCAUUGUCAAUUCCAACAGCAGUAGCAGCAGCAGUAGCAACAGCGUUGGCAGCGGCAGCAGCAGCAGCAGCAGCAGUGGCGAUGGUGCUGCUGUUGGGCUGGGAGGCAAAUCGCUGCCGGAUGGUCCCGCCGCUUCCACAUUGCUCUCCCAGCAACCGUUUGCCUCGCUCUUGAGCCCGUUGCAUUUGCCGCUGCUCAUGGAUCCGUUCAACGCGCUUGUUGCCUCGCAGUUCCUUCUUGCGCCACACCUCUCGUCGGCUGUCGGCUCUGUCAAGCGCCUGCAUUACAUGGUGCGCUUGCUAUACGUUCUUGCCUUGACGCAAGCGUUGCUUGCUGUAGUUGCCGCGCGUAUGAGUGUUGGCAAGGCUCGUGCCGCGUCGACCAACUUUUGGGACGAGGAGCAGCGUGCCCUGGUUCAGGAAUUGCUUGCAGAAGAGGCAGCAGCAGCAGCAGCUUCCAAGCAGGUUGUUGGCGGCAAACCGCCCCGUAGUGACGAUGAUAUUAUCGGGAACACUCGCGGAGCUGAAGAGGAGCGAGAUGACGACGAGGACGAAGAAGAUUUUGAUGAUGAUGACGACGAUGAUGACGAUGACGACGACGACGACGACGACAGCCAAUCAGCCGAUCGCGACGCUCUGGUGCAGUUCUUCCGUUCCAUUCUUUCGUGGCUGAACGUUCGCAAGCUGGAUCAGUACAGCAACGUGAUCGAUGCCCCUCGGUUCCAACGUCGCUUGGCUGCCUUUGUGAACGACGUCACGCUGCCGUUCUUGCGACGCGCUGCCAUCUUCUCCUUUGCCAUUUGCAAUGGAGGAGACUUGACUACCGCACCCCCUGCCAGCGGCACCCCAGCCCGCCGCCUUGCACCGUGGGCGCAGCAGCCCGAUGCCAGCGACGAGACAUUGCGUCUCCAGCAAUACCUUUCGCUGCCCUCGUACCAUCGCCUCUUGGCCCAGGGAAGCUCGGUGCCAGUCGUCCAGGAGCUGGCGCGCUUCUGGGUGGUCGCGACUGCCGACCAAGUCAAGGCGCGUGCGCUCGCCCGCGUCUCAGUUGCGUCGUCGCCCUUGGCUCCGAGCCGCUCGCGGCACGGACAACCCGGCACGCCCUCGGUUGCCAUGGCUGAUCCCGUGGCCAUGUCUUCGUCGCCGCCCUUGCUGUCCUACAUGGCGCUGCCGUUUGUCGGAUCGGGUGCUGGCAGCGAGCUCAGCGCCGAGCGCUUUUUGCACGAUCUCGCCAAACUCGUGCCUGUGCCACGCCCCAUUCGCAGGCAGGCGCUUGUUCCGCUGCCCGAGAACUACAACGACCUGUUCCACGAGGCUGUGCGAGUGACGUGCAGCGCGUGCGGACAGAUUCCAAACAACCCCGCGUUGUGCCUGGUCUGCGGCAAAUACCUGUGUUCCCAGGCCCAGUGUUGCAUGACUGGUCAAUCGCCCGUCGGUGAGUGCGCUGCACAUGCCGUCUCGUGCGGCGCGGGCAGCGGCAUUUUCCUCCACAUUCGUCGGUGUGUCAUUGUCCUCCUUCACGCCACGCUCGGCACCUUUGUCAACACGCCGUACCUGGACGCGCACGGUGAAACGGACGUCGGUUUGCGGCGUGGCCAUCCCCUCAAGCUCAAUCGCCAGCGCUACGAGCAGCUCAACAAGAUUUGGGUCUCGCACCAUGCCUGGUCUGAGACUGUGCGAUCGUUUGACGCCAACCCCAAUGCGGUUGAUUGGGUUGCGUUUUAAGAUUCGGAUUCUUGUUGUUGCUGCUUCAACUUUUUUUUCUUCUUUGUUUGGGUUGUAUUGUUUGUGUGCAUGCUUUUGUGUCGCUACUCUGUAGCAUUGUACUGGUUGUUUUUGGUUGAAACGAACAAAUACUGUAAUCAUCGACGCGUCGGUGUUUUACAAAAAGU